AAACAAACUGAUAAAACACUUCGUUGUUUCUAAAAAAUUUUGGUUAAAAAAUUUUUAAUUAAUUAAUUUACUUGAAUUUGCAUUAGGAAUGAACAGUUGAACGUUCAAAUAACUGAAGAGUUUGAUAUUAUUCCCAAUGGUAUUCCAAUGAAUAUCAAAUUGAAUUUUUUAUUCGCGAUACUAUGCGUUUUGUGCAUAGAAAUCCAGGCUCGUCACACUAAUAAUUGGGCAGUGUUGGUCGACACGUCGAGAUUUUGGUUCAAUUAUCGUCAUGUAGCCAACGUAUUAUCCAUUUACCGGAGUGUGAAAAGAUUGGGCAUACCUGACAGUCAAAUAAUAUUGAUGAUAGCCGAUGACAUGGCUUGCAAUCCUCGAAACCCUAGACCAGCCACUGUAUUCAAUAACGCCGAUCAGCAGUUGAACGUUUACGGUGAUGAUGUUGAAGUGGAUUACCGAGGAUACGAAGUCACUGUGGAAAAUUUCGUUAGAUUAUUAACUAGUCGUUUACCAUCAGAUACUCCUCGUUCGAAACAAUUAUUGACCGACGAAGGUAGUAAUAUCCUGAUCUAUUUAACCGGUCAUGGAGGAGACGGUUUCUUGAAAUUCCAAGAUUCCGAAGAAAUAACUAGUCAAGAGUUGGCCGAUGCAUUGGAACAAAUGUGGCAAAAAAGAAGAUAUCAUGAAAUAUUUUUCAUGAUAGAUACUUGCCAAGCAGCAUCGAUGUAUGAAAAAUUUUACUCUCCUAAUAUUCUAGCUAUGGCUAGCAGUCUAGUCGGUGAAGAUUCUUUAUCGCACCAUGUUGAUCCUGCCAUUGGCGUUUACAUUAUUGAUCGUUAUACGUUUUACGCGUUACGCUUUUUGGAAAAAGUACAACCGGAUAGUUCGCUGAAUAUGAGCAGUUUUCUCGCCGUUUGCCCGAAACAUGACUGUAUAUCAACGGUUGGAGUGAGAACUGAUCUUUUCGCCAGAGACCCUGCCAAAGUUCCUAUUACUGACUUUUUUGGUUCCAUUAGACCUACAGAAUUAACAUUUACAGAUGAAAAUCUUCUGGACGAGUCUGAUGAUUUUAAAAUUGCUGUGAUAGAAACGAGCGAUCCUUCCAGUCCUCUUGGCAAGACGUACAGAUAUGUACCUUUGAUGCCAAAACUUGACUUGUAAUUAAACGCUAAUUUUCCAGUACGUAUUCUAGGAAUCAUUGAUCAAAAUGGGAGUCCAAUUGCUGUUCUCAGAACCGUUGCUCGAUAGUCGAUAGUAUUAUAAUUUUUUCACCUUUUUUCUAUGGCAAUAACAAGAAUUACAAUUUGUUAUACAGGUGUUUUCAAAAAAAAAAAAAAGAAGAUUAUACAACACAACGUUUUAACGUA